GCAGCACAACAUUUUGACAGUUUUCUUCUCUAAUUCAGGUAUUUUACCCUUCUAUCUCUUCCACAUUUCCCUGCUCUAAAACCUCUCUGCAUGUUCCUCACGUCCUGGUGAUUCCAGGUUUUUACCAGCCGCCAUGGUUUUGAGUUCAUACUCCAACUGGGGAACUGAUCUCCAAAGUGUUCACUUGGAGCCAAUCCAUCAUGCAAAACAACCUCAGGCGCAGCUUGUUGCAGGAGAUCAUCAUCUUGAUUAUUACUGGGAUACGUUUGAGUUGCCUUGUGCUUUUCUUGAUCCUUAUACUGACCUGAAUGAAAAUUUCUCAUACCCUGAAAGCUACAAUCCUUUACUUCCAUACUUGUCCUCUCCAUAUGACCCUUUAAGCGCCUUCUCACCUGAAAACGAAAUCAUCCCAUAUGAAAACUUCAGCUCCUAUCCAUGCCCCAAACGCCAGAAACUCAUUGAAGGUCACUCCUGCUCGGAUUUUGUGCCUGCUUUCUUUGACGGGGUUGGUCUAUAUUCUUGUCCCGUGCCUGAACAUCAAAGCAGCAUUCAUCAGAUAAACUUGGAUGGAAAUUCUGCGGAGAGCUCGAAGAAGAUUAAUGCUAAGAGUGUAUCAGUGCAAAGCAUUGCAGCGAGAGAAAGGAGGAGGAAGAUUACUGAGAAGACUCAAGAGCUGGGAAAGCUUGUUCCCGGUGGGAAUAAGAUGAACACCGCUGAAAUGCUUCAUGCUGCCUUCAAGUAUAUCAAGUAUUUGCAAGCUCAAGUUGGAAUCCUUGGAUUCAUGGACUCGUUCUCGGAAAAGGAGAAGGCGACUCGUAAGGAAAGCAUGCAAAUUGUAACAUCCCCAAAGGUUCAAGAAAAGCUUUCCAUGGAAGAAAAGUGCCUGGUUCCAAAGGACGUUGUUCUCUCCUUGGCAACGCUUUCUAAACCCCCACUCUCUGAUGAACUCAGUCAGCUAUUAGCAUUUGCACCCCUUGAAUGAUUUAAGUCUUCACCUCCAUUAUUUAACCAUUUCUCUACUAAUGCUUGGUUUGUGUAGCUUUAACAUGUAAUUGCAUCACUUUCUCAAUGCAACAACUAAUGGUUAACAUUCAAGAUUCCAGCAGUCUCGUGGAAGAACACUACCUAAAUCCAUGAUCUUAUCUUUGUUCUUCUACUAAAGCUGUUAAUUUUACAUUUUUUCUUUUCUGGGUUGCCUCUUUGUG